GAGCGCCCCACCUGGGGCGGGCGGCUGGAAGGGCCCUGCCGAGGCCGCGGCUGAGGAGGGGGUUAGGAGCCGCGGAGGUCGGCGCUGAGGAGGAGCCGGCAGAGCCCAUUCGCAGCGGAAGGGGUGGCGUGGGUGCCGGCGCUGGGCGCAGAUGGGGCCGGGGAACCAGCUUCCCCCUGCCUCCGCCUCGCAGUCGGCUGUGCCGCGCGCGGGCUCUUCGCGCGCUUUCCGUCCCCCCCCACAGCCGCCCUGUCGCUGCCCCCCCCCGCUGCAGCCAUGCCCUGCUCCGAGGCCGCCCCGCAGGCGUCCCCCAGCAAGCGGCCCAGGGCCGCGGCGCCCCCCGAGCCCGCCGUGCGGCUCCGCUUCGCGAAGCUCUCCGAGAACGCCUUCACCCCGUCCCGGGGCUCCACGCGCGCCGCGGGCUACGACCUGUACAGUGCCUAUGACUGUGUGAUACCACCUAUGGAGAAGGCUGUAGUGAAAACAGAUAUUCAAAUUGCACUUCCUUCUGGAUGCUAUGGCCGAGUAGCACCACGUUCUGGUUUAGCUGCAAAGCACUUCAUUGAUGUUGGUGCUGGCGUUAUUGAUGAGGAUUACAGGGGAAACGUUGGUGUAGUACUCUUCAACUUUGGCAAGGAAACUUUUGAAGUUAAAAAAGGGGAUAGGAUCGCUCAGCUGAUCUGUGAACGUAUUUUCUAUCCUGAGCUAGAAGAAGUUCAAGCUCUAGAUGAUACAGAACGUGGUGCAGGUGGCUUUGGUUCUACUGGACAGAACUGAAGAUACUUUGAAUAUGCUUUCUGUAACUUUUUAUGGUUAUAUUAUCUAAGUUUUCAUUUCAAUCAAAGGUAGAUUAAAAAUAAUUUCAAGGUUUUGUACAGACAUCGAGAUCUCUUUUCUCUCUGUUCUUACAGGCAGUGAAUUCAUUUGCAAUUACGGGGAAAAAUACAUGAAUGACUCGAGAGAUCAGUUGCUGGAUUUUUUUGUUAGAUGUUUGGUCCUCAGUAACAAGUACCAUUGUUCGUGAUGAUUAUACUAUAAUAAAUAUCAAAUCAUCAA